GCUUUUCAUUCCUUUUUGUCUAAAUUAAAUACCAAUUUAGAAAUAAAGAAGUGGAAACUACGGGGUUGUCCAUCAAUGUAAUUUAAGUAGUUUACAUUUAUUAUAGUGGUUUAACAUUAGCAAACAUUUACUUGUUUUCUCAUUUGGUCCUUAGAACAACUUCUAUUUUAAUCACAGGUUAGCAAUUAGUAAAUGUCUAAGGUAGGAUUUGGAUUAUAAUGGAAUAUUAGACAUAAUGAAAUAUUAUUGUGCCAUAAGAAAUGACCAAGACAAAUAGCUUCAGAGAAAUCUGGAGAAACUUAUAUGAGAAUAACAUGAGAAGGACCAGGAGAACAAAUUAAACAGAAGUAAUAUCAUAGAGAUAAAACUAUGAUAGACUUAAGAACCCUAAGCAAUGCAAUGAUCAAACAAUUUCAAAGGAUGGAUGAUGAUUGCAUUGUACUUCCUGAUAGAACUGAUGGAUUCGAGAUAAAGAAUGAGAAAUGCAUUUUCUGGACAUGGAUAAUAUGGUAAUUUGUUUUGCUUGACUAUAUAUGCCUACUUGUUGCAAUGUGUAUUUUUCUUUUAAAUGGGGCAAAGUUCAAUUUUAUUGGAGGGGGAAUAGGGAAGGACCUUGUUAAUUGAAAAAUAAAGUAAAAUAAAAAAUUCUUUAAAAUAAUUAACCACUAUGAAUAUAAUCCAGAAAGGUAAAUGGUUGCUUUCUCCAUUAGAACACUACCAUUACGGUAUGGGCUAUCUGCAGCACAAAAAUUAAGUAUACUCAAUGCAAGGCAAUACACACAUGCACACUGAGCGGCUCCCCCUAUUUCUGGCAUGCAUUGCUAAACUUACUGUGUGCCCUAUUUGAAAAACAAAACAAAAACAAAAAAACAAAAAACGGCAAGCAGCAGCAGCACCAAGCAGCAUCCAGCAGUAGCAGCAAACAUUAAACAGCAGCAGGAGUAGCAGCAAACACUAAAAGUAGGAGCAGUAACAGACCGCAUUGAAAUGCAGCAGCAGUAGCAGCCGCAAAUCAAACAGCAGUAGAAACUGCAAACACCACACAGCAGAAAAAGCAGGAACGCAGAGUGGAGCCGGAAUUCAGUAAAAAAAAACAAAAAACAAAAAACAAAAAACAAAAAAAAACCUAACUACAAUUUAGCUGACCAAUCAGUGCAGGCCUUAAAGAAUCCAAGUAUAUGAUUGGUCCGUGGACACAUCCCUUCAAGCUGACUAAAGAAGGGAGCUAGUUGUUCGAAGAGAGAAGAGGUUUCUAACCAACCAGAGAAAGGCUGAGGUCCAACGGACCCUAUCAUAGCAGCUGGAUCCCUCAAAGCAGGCGGGGCAUUCACGGAUAGGGCGUGGUCUCUGGUCUCUGGACUUGAGGCAGGUUCUGGAAGGGGGAAGAGAGUGGGCGUAGCCGGGCGGUGGGCGCGCCCUCAGCACUAUGGGCGGGGUGAACGGAGUCAGCAGCGGGAGCCGGAUACAGGCGCCGGGGCCCUGGGGAUGGGCGGAGCCGCCGCCAGCGCCGCCGCUUGGUGCUGGUGGCCGUCGCUGCCGGAGGAGCCGGAGCUCCCGCGACGAGCCGCUGCUGUUGCUCCUGCUCCCCUUGCGGGGUCCAGCUCCCGAGGGCAGUGAGAUGCUGGGGAAAGGGGUGGGCAGCGGCGGUGGCUCCAAGGCGCCCAAGCCCUCCUUCGUAUCCUACGUGCGCCCCGAGGAAAUACACACAAACGAAAAGGAAAUAACAGAGAAGGAAGUAAAUCUUCACUUGUUACCAGGUGAACAAUUGCUUUGUGAAGCCAGCACAGUCCUUAAGUGUAUCCAGGACGAUUCAGGUCAGCAUGGAAUUUGUGGAAAGCUCGUUUGCACAGACUUCAAGAUUGCCUUCCUUGGAGAUGAGUCUACAUUGUAUGAUAAUGAGCCCCAAUUUAAGAAUAAGGUGAUAGGAGAAAAUGAUAUUACGUUGCACUGUGUUGACCAAAUUUAUGGAGUUUUUGAUGAGAAAAAAAAACCAUUGUUUGGACAAUUGAAGAAAUACCCUGAAAAACUCAUCAUCCAUUGCAAAGACCUCCGAGUAUUUCACUUCUGCCUGAGGUACACAAAGGAAGAGGAAGUUAAAAGGAUUGUCAGUGGCAUAAUUCAUCAUACCCAGGCUCCUAAACUACUUAAACGAUUGUUUCUAUUUUCCUAUGCAAGUGCUAAACAAAAUAAUACAGGCCCCCCACACCAAACUGUGAUGUUUGACACAAUUAAAGAUUGGCAUUGGGAAUUGGAACGAACAAAAGGAAACAUAAAGUACAAAGCAGUGAGUGCGAAUGAAGGCUAUAAAGUCUGUGAAAAGCUGCCAGCCUACUUUGUUGUUCCUGUUUCUCUUCCUGAAGAGGACAUCUCAUGUUUUCAAGGACGAGGUAUACCUAUUUGGUGUUGGUCUUGCCAUAAUGGUUGUGCUCUUCUGAAAAUGUCAGCUUUCCCCAAAGAACAGGAUGACUCUAUUUUACAAAUACAAAAAGCCUUCUUGGAUGGAACUUACAAGACCAUUCACAAGCCACCUUAUGAAAAUUUAAAAACUGAAGAACUAUCAAAUAGCUUCAUAUCCCUACAGGAAAUCCAGACCUCAUACUCUAAAUUUAAACAGCUGUUCCUAAUAGAUAACAGUUCUGAAUUUUGGGACACAGAUGUGAAAUGGUUUUCAUUACUGGAAAGUAGCAACUGGCUGGAUGUCAUCAGACGCUGUCUGAAAAAAGCAAUAGAAGUUGUUGAAUGUCUGGAAGUACAAAACACCAAUGUUCUUCUUAUAGAGGAGAAUGCAUCUGACCUGUGCUGUAUAAUUUCUUCUCUGGUGCAAGUGAUGAUGGACCCAUACUGUAGAACCCGGUUUGGUUUUCAGAGCCUCAUCCAAAAGGAAUGGAUAAUGGGUGGGCACUGUUUCUUGGAUAGAUGCAACCAUUUACGACAGAAUGAUAAAGAGGAGGUUCCUGUUUUCCUGCUUUUCUUAGACUGUGUUUGGCAAUUGGUACAACAGCAUCCUCCAGCUUUCGAGUUCACAGAGACUUAUUUGACUGUUUUGUCAGAUAGCUUGUACAUUCCUAUUUUUAGUACUUUCUUCUUCAAUUCACCUUAUCAAAAAGAUAUUAAUGUGGGUAAGGAAAGCCAGGACUCACAAAGCAAGCCUUUGAGUCUCCUCACCGUUUGGGAUUGGUCUGUGCAGUUUGAACCUAAGGCUCAGAUUUUGCUCAACAAUCCUCUUUAUGUAGAAAAGCCAAAACCAGACAGGAGCCAGCGGAAAGCACCACAUUUUAAACACCAGCGACAGCUUUCUCUACCACUUACUCAAACUAAAUCAUCUCCCAAAAGAGGAUUUUUCAGGGAAGAAACAGACCACUUAAUAAAAAACCUCUUGGGCAAGAGAAUUAGCAAACUCAUUAAUUCUUCUGAUGAACUUCAUGACAGUUUUCGAGAAUUCUACGACAGCUGGCACAGCAAAACUGUUGAUUAUCAUGGACUGCUGCUUCCUCACAUAGAGGGUCCAGAAAUUAAGGUGUGGGCUCAGCGCUGCUUGCGCUGGAUCCCAGAAGCCCAGAUCUUGGCCGGCGGCCCGGUGGCCAUGAUGACCAAAGUCUUGGAAAUGAUGGAGGAGGUGAAGAGCUUGCAGAAGAAGAUUGACGAGAAGCCCAGUGGCCAGCCAGCGCCCCGCCUGGAAGCCCUGCCGCUGCUGAGGAGGCCCGCCCGCCUCUCCUCUCUGUUUCCUUUUUCCCUGCUCCAGAGGCACUCCUCCAAGCCAGUCUUGCCCACCAAUAGUUGGAAGACUUUGGGAGAUGAAGAAGACCUGGCCAAACAAGAGGAUGAGUUUGUUGAUCUGGGCGAUGUAUGACUUCAGUUCUUUGUUUUUUGUUUUUUUCCAGUUGCUCAAAUUGUGGAAAAAGAAGAUCAUUAAAGACUGUAAUGGAUGUCAAACAUUUUGUCCCCAGACACGAAAAUGUUUCAUAGUAUGGGCUAAUAUGGAGGGCUUUUUUUUGGUAGUUUCAGCUAUGUCAUCACUAGCCCAGUGAUUAGGAAAAUGGAUGGUUCUUGUUUUGUAUUUGUUGAAUAUGAUUAAUGAAAGACUAUGCAACUGAAACUAUGUCUAAGAAUGUUAAUUGCAAGGUGUUAUAACUUGACACUUGAAUAGGACCAUGUCCUUUUGUGUAAUUUUUAUUAAGUAACCGUAAAGAAGAUGUUUUCAUAUCUAGAUCACAGCUAAAUGACUUGAUCAAUUAUUCUUGGUCUUAACACUUGGCUAAAAUUCUUUCUGUGCCAAAAUUGUUACCCAGUCAGUAAGAAGAAUCAGUUUUCUUAUCCAUUUCAUUUUAAGAUACCUCUAAAAAUAUAUUUGUAUAAAGGAUCAAAAGAUUUAUUUAGGGAUUGGGAGGAAUGUAAAGAUGCUAUAAUAUAUAUUUAAACAAAACAAUUCCUUGUUUUUUACAUCUCAGCCUUGAAAGACUGAGAAAAUUUCAGAUCCUUCACUUCUUAGUCAUUUCCUUUCCACCUUUUCAUUGCUUAACUUUGUAGAUAAUGAAAAGAACAGAUUUAGGAAUCCAUUUUCAUAGGCUAGCAGCUAUCCACCCUUCUCUACACCUCAUUCAUUUAUUCAUUUAGCAAUGUGUAUUAAGCACCUUCUGUGUGCAAGAUGCUAUGUAAGCUGCACUUACUACCAUUCUUCCACUUUCUUGAUGCCUUGGUAUGCUUAUUUCUAGUUGCUUGCUGCUAAUCCUACUAGUCUGACUGAAGAUUUCUUCAGUUUGCUAGAGGAGCCUACAAUUCUUUCUAAAGAGGGUGAAUUUUUCAUCUGAGUCUCCCAGUAUUUGAAGCUAAUUGUUUAAUGUUUCUCUUAGUGUGCAGUGAGACUCUAGACCUCUGUUCCUAGAGCAUUAAAAAACAGUAGCCUUCUGUGGCAAUCCCAAAGUUGUCCUUUGAUAGUCUGUCCCAUGUACAGACUGAUAGAAUAUGAUCCUUUUUGAAUGUGGCUUUUCACUUAGGAAAGCAUUUGAACAUUGGAAUUGAGUUACUUAAUAUCUUAUAGUACCUCAGUGAUUUUAAAAGCCAUAGAAGAAACAUGAUUUUAUGCCUGACACCUCUUUUAGAUCUGCUGUAUGAAUAAUAUAUUUUUAUGCAAAAAAGUACACUUUGUAAGAACCAGUUAUUUUACUCUUGGUGUGACCUGUCAACUUCUACAUGAGAAAGAAAAAAAAAAAAUCUCAUUUGUUUCAGAGAUUUCUAAUCAAUCUUUCCUUUUUGUAUUUGUACAUGUUUGAUAUCUAAUAAUAGACCCUUUGGUAAUUGUUAGAUGUUGGAAAAGCUUUUAAUUGCUCAAGGACAAUGACAAAGAAUGUUGAAACUGUUUGAGAGCUUUCUAAGUUUGCACUGAAUCAUCUGUACACAUAUAGUAAAUUGUUGAUUGUUCUCCCAUCUCCAUGUUAAUUUAUGAGCCAGGUUGAAUUUAUUUAGAUGAGAGAUGCAGAGACUGGGGGAGAAUAGGAUUAACAGGGGUGGAAGGAGAUGCACCAACAAAAAGUUUGAGUCUCGGUUGCCUUAUGAGUCUUUGUAGUGAGGACAGUGUUAAGCUUUCAACAGCAAUUUUUACAAGGACACUAGUUCCGUAGCUCCCUUCAUUGGCCUUCUUUGACUAGCACUAACCUCUCUACACUGCUCCACUUUCUCAUCCUCCUCUCUACCCGCCAAAUACACUAUGGAGCUAACUAUUUUUGUUACCAUAUUAUAAAGUGAAUAUUUAUAUAGUAGCCUAUAAAAUCCUUGGAUUUUUAGUAAACAUGCAUUCCAAAAAUGCUUUGUUUGAUACUUCUUGCUCCAGAAAUCUUAGAUUAAAGUCACAUAUCUGUGACCAUUGUAAUAGUAGAUAAAUGUGCAUUGGAAUAUUUUUAUAUACUUUUGAAAACUGUAGUCCAAGAAAAGAAGAUUAAGCUGUUACAAUUUGUAAGGUUAUGAUAGUUAUGUAUUUAUAUUUGAAAUCAUAUUUCUAUAACUUGUAUUUGUGUACAAAAUUCUCAAAUGGGUUUAUAUAUUGUGAAAUUUUUAUUAAAGAUUGAAACAUGGGAAGUGCUUAAUUGUAAAAGCUAAAGUAAAACCAUUUAAAACCUUGUUGAAAAAGCUGCACUGCAAGUUUAGAAAUGUAUAUUAAUUUACUGUAUAUAAUAUCCUGAAUUUCUCUUUAUACCUCCAAGUUUUUACACUGAAUACAAGCUAGCUUUAAUUGAAUUUAAAAUAUGCCUGUUUUUGUGUUGUGGUUUUUUUGGUGUUUUUUGUGUUUUUUUUUUUUUUUUGAGGAAUAAGCUGUUGGGCAAGAUCUGUAUAAAUUUGCUUUUUAUUUUACUGUAAGUACAAUUAGAGUUUAUACUUGUAUCACACUGCAACAUAUCUGAUUGCAGGAAUUAAAGCACAGUUUAAAAAUAACAUCCUAUUUUGUGUGAUGCAUUGUGUAUCAUGUCUGUUCCAGCAUGGGAUGAUUGAAAAACAAGGAAAAUCAUAGACAUACACAAUCUCUACUAAAAUAAUGCUGUCUUGCCCUUUGUCUUUUCCCUUCUUUUUUUGACCAGAAGAGGCAAACCAUUGAAGCUGGAAUCAAAAAUAUUUGAGUUCAAAUUUGAGGUUUUUUAUAAUACUUGUAUAUAGAGUUAUGCUGGAGCUAACUCUUAUCAGAGAGACUUUUAGAACUUAAAUUGUGUACAUUUACACCUCCCUCAGAAAUUGGCAAAAGCUAUAAUUUUAGGGCUUGAUUUAUUGUUUUGUGGACUAUCUAAAGUGAUGGAAAAAUGUUAACAAUGUAAAUUAAACUUAAAAGUGUA